AUUAUUAUUAUUGCUGUUGUUAAUUGUUGUUGUAUAUUAGCAUCCCAUAUUUUGCAAAGGUAGGUACAGCAAAUUUGGUGAGAAUCAUCCCAUAUUUGAAUGAAUGUAGUAUCGGUACAUGUAGUUCACAUGUCUAUAGUAACUUAUUCUUUCAGCUCUUGCCGAUGCUUUUGAGGACUAUUUGUUUGGCCAGCCCUUGGCCUACAUGACCGUCCUUGGUGCUAUAGAUGGUCAUGUGACCAAUCCUAAUCCACCAAAGCCAUUGGUUCUAUCCCUACACGGACCAGCUGGAACCGGUAAGAACCACAUCAGUCGUCUCGUGGUUGAAAAUCUUUACACAAACGGAAUGAAAAGCGGAUGUGUAACUGUCAGGAUGUCUACACUGGACUAUCCUCAUCAUGAAGAUCAUAAACAUCUUUAUCAACAGAAGGAGAAGCUGGUUUCAUUCAUCAAAUCCAAGGUUUCUGAAUGUUAUAAUCAUCUCUUCAUAUUUGAUGAGGUAGAGAACAUGCCCCCUGGCUUACUAGACAAUAUGAGGAGCUUCUUAGAUCACCAUACUAAAGUAGAUGGGGUCGAUUAUAGGAAAGUCAUCGUUAUAUUCAGAAGUAAACUAGCUGCACAAGCCAUCAACAAGUAUAUGUUUGAAUCAUAUGAGAAGGGAAUAGCGAGGGAAGACAUAAGAUCGGUUGAUAUGGAGCGAAUCAUCUCGAACGAAGUCAGUGGUAAAUCUGAUGCUGGUUUUAAGAAGGCCCGAAUCAUCGAUUCUCAUCUCGUCAGCCAUUUUAUACCCUUCUUCCCACUCGAAUUAUCUCACGUGAGACAGUGCAUCCAAGCUGAGUUCAAGGACCGUGGUUACCCGUCCAAUGUGAUUUCAGAAGAUGAGGUACUUGCCAUUCUGCAGUUCGACGGUCCGAAUGGGUCCAGGGUGUUUGCUGUGAGGGGUUGCAAGAAUGUUGCGGAGAAAGUCAGUAUAAUUCUCUAUAAAAUAAAGGCCGAAAAUCGCAGGAGGCGUAUCGCGAUGGAAAGGCGUGUCGACUUAUAAGAGCAGAUAUUGGUAAAGUCGAUUUAAAUGUGUAUAAUUUCCUCCAGUGGUAACUUUAUUUUGUAGAUGGGCAUGGGAGCCUCUUUCUCGUACAGUCAGAUAUGUUAUAUACUUUGAGCACAUGUAUACAAAUAUGUAAUUUGUUUAUUUAACAAAAACGAAAAUCAGCCUGACAUGCUAUGGCAUUUAAUUUUAUACUGGCAGUUUGAUGUUGGUGUCAAACGAUUGUCACAAACUCGAAAAGAUUUUUACUUGAUUGAUUUUGUAUCUGAGUCUAGUAGUAUAUCCCUUUUGCAGCCAACAUUUAAUUAUGUAGAACUUUUCAGAAAUU